AGGAAUACAAAAAUCCAACUGCAAAAAACAACAAUAACAACAUCAAAAUGUACACAAACGAAUGUCUGGAAUGUUACGCAGUUUUGCACUUGUAUGUUUGUUUGUAAAAGUAACGGUUAAAAUUAGGUGUGAGUAUGUUUGUUGAGUAAAGAAAGCCAGACAAAGGCAGAGGAUAUGAACACAAAUAUACAGUUAUUUUAAUGUUGAGAGAGAACACGAGUUGUAAAAGAGAACAAGAGCAUAAAUAUGAAGGAAAAAGUUACUUAAAUAAUGGAGUUGUAGGACCAGAGGGUUACAGAGGGCAGAAGACACUAUCAGCAGACUACUAAGCAACAGGCAGAAUACUGUUAAUUUUAGUCUAAAAUCAACCAUUAAACAGGGCGUAACAAGAAGCGCAUAAAAAAAUAACCAAAAAGAAAAUGUCUAGUGAAAAGUUUGAAUAAAAAAUCAAACAGAAAAUGGAAAUUAAUAAAAUAUUUAUCUAAUUAAAUAAAGAAUAAUUAAAUCGUUGUCUCUAGUAAAGGUGUAAAUAAUCAAAUUAAUUAACAACUACAAAUUGGUGUCUAAAAUUUACAAUAAAAUAUGCUUCAACAUUAUUUUAUUAUUUGCUUACAAGAAAAAAAUGUGUUAAUUUAAAAUUUUUUAUAAGAAUAAGCAUAAAAAGUUAAAAUUUUAAUAAUUAUUAAGCUAAAUCUGUGUGCAUAAGUUCUGACCAUGGAUUUUCGAAACCUUAACAAUGGCGCUGGCGGUAACAAAUAUGUCUGUCCCAGCGACAGGCAAUUGGCAUUGAGAGCAAAAUUAAGAACCGGUUGGAAUAGCUCCCAGGUACAUGAACCUUUACGACCCGAUGAACAGGCUGCCAUUAUAUCCGUUAUUAAACGCAAUGAAGAGCUGGAAAUUGCGGAACGCCAGCGUGUGGGUCGACUGGUGGAAAGAGUAGAAAAAAUUAAAUCUCGAGCUGUGGAGAGAGGACCAAAUUGCUGUCGUUUAUGUGGCGAUACUUUUGGUAUUCUACGAGCACAACGUAUCAUCUGUGAGGAUUGUCGCAAAUCGGUUUGCCCCAAAUGUAGUUUGGACAUUAGCAUACGUUAUCAUACCACCGAAAAGACCAGGGAAAUUUGGUUAUGCCGCAUUUGCUCAGAGACCCGUGAAAUGUGGAAGAAAACUGGGGCUUGGUUUUUCAAAGGUCUUCCCAAUUAUGAAGUGCCAAGUUCAGCCACCUCAACGCCGACACGGAAUACACCCGUAGUAGCGGAAGCCAAUGAAAUGUUAAUGACCCAACGUAAAGUGCAAAGUUGCCAAAGUACACCCACGCGCAGUGUGCGCGUUAAAAAGUUGACUAUACGAGUUUGUGACUCCAGCAGUGAGGAAGAGUUAGAGGCGAGAGGUAAAGCUGAAGAUGUGGUGGAUAAUGCUUGCAGCAAUAUGAAUCAAGUGUGUUUAAAAGAAGGCGAUAAAAGGGAGACUAAAAAUGGCACCAAAACCAGUCCCACUAUAAGUGAGGGUAAGCUGCAAAGAGAAGAUAGUUUUCGCAUGCGCACCUUUGGUUCCAUACGCAGUUUUAUUGACGGCUCGACGGGCGAACGUAAACUUUCGAAUGCUUUCUUUUUCAACAAUCGUUCGAAUUCACGUUCAGAGGCUGGUAGUGCCCAACCGGAAUUUGAUACCAUAUCGACUGCUUCCACUGUUUACACUACAGCUUCCAACCCCAACAAUCGUCGAGAAAGCUCAAAUUAUUGCUCAAGUCAAAGACGCAGUUCGGUUUCCUCCUCCUGGUCGAUUAGUGAUAGUUCUUCGGGCAAUUCGGCGACCACCGCUUCCAUGUCUGCGGCCAAUCAAGCAAAUGCACAUUGUCGUGACCCCUUACUGGGUUGGCUGGAAGUGGCCAUAACUUAUAGGGAAAAUUUUCAUACUUUAGAUGCCACCGUGGUUAGAGCUCGCGAUUUGCCUCCUAUGGACUCUUUAGGUUUGACCGAUCCUUAUUGUAAGUUGAAUAUUAUAACCGCUGAAGGGACGGCUAAAUAUACCCGCUGGCAAAAGACAAGGUGUGUGCACAAAACUCGCAAUCCGGAAUUUAAUGAAACACUACAGUUUGUGGGUGUUGAACCGGAGGAGUUGGGCAAUGCUUUGCUUUAUGUAGCCAUUUUCGAUGAGGACAAGUAUGGUCAUGACUUUUUGGGUGCAGCAAAGAUUGGCUUAUCGACGGUGCACAAUACCAAUCAAUAUAGAAUUUCGGUGCCCUUGGGACCCGAAGACCAAUACAGCAAUGCCGCUGAAAUGUCUCAAGAAUGGCCUCACGGCAAAGUUUUGGUCUCCUUGUGUUAUAACACCAAGAGAAGAGCUUUAACGGUUAAUAUCAAGCAAUGUGUAAACUUAAUACCCAUGGACAAUAAUGGCAGUUCAGAUCCAUUUGUUAAAUUGCAAAUGAAACCCGAUUCUCAUCGCAACAAAAAAUACAAAACCAGUGUCAAGUGGCGAACUUUGAAUCCCAUCUACAAUGAAGAAUUCCAUUUCGAGGCCAGUCCUCAUGACCUAAAUAAACAAUCAAUUAUUAUUACCGUAUGGGAUAAGGAUUUGGGUAAAAGUAAUGAUUUCUUGGGCAGUUUGAUUAUUGGAUUUAAUAGUAAAGGUGAACGUUUGCAGCAGUGGCUGGAUUGCAUACGUUUGCCAGAUCAUUUUCAUGAGAAAUGGCAUUGUUUGGCGGGCGAAAAUCCUUUGCAUUAAAGAUUGGAUUAUGAAACAGCAACCAUUUCAAGCCAAAUUUUUUUUCGGCAACAGCAUUUAGCAAUCUUUAAAGAAAUAAAAAAAUUGAUGUAAAAGUAUUC